CCAGUGACUACUCUCGUUCUUCCACACGUGACAGGAUGUGACCACACUGCAGCCACCACCCGUACUUUACAUGUGACAUAUAGACGCCUGUCAUUAAGUGCUGCUAUAUAGAUAAGUCAUGCUGGGAAAAUGAGCGAGGGAUCCAAAACCACGUGGCCGGGCGUGACUUGGGUGGUAGUGACAGGGGCUUCGAGAGGUCUAGGGGCGGCCAUCUGUGAGGGCGUAGCUGGCAUGGUGGCCGCCGGCUCCCGCAUCGUGGGCGUCGCUCGCUCACAACAGGGACUAGAUACAACCUCUUCUAAUGUCCAUAAGGCAAAUCCUGACGUGAAGUUCACCUCUGUCGUGAUGGAUCUUGGUACCGCUAGUAAGGAAAAUCUAGAGAAGGCCCUGGAUAAAUUGCUGAUAGUAGGACAGGAUCCUCCUCCAACUCGAUGUGUCAUAUUCCACAAUGCUGGGUCCCUUGGAGAUCUUGUAUACCUGCGGAAUCUCAAGGACCUUGACCAUGUCAACAGUUAUUUCCAAAUGAAUGUUAGCUCUGUGGUGAUGCUGAAUGCAGUGGUCAUAGAAAUUAUGUCAAAACAGCCUAAUGUGGCACUAGAGAUUGUGAACAUCUCGUCCUUGUGUGCUGUACAGCCCUUUAAAUCCUGGGGACUUUAUUGUGCUGGAAAAGCUGCUAGGGAUAUGCUCUUUAAGGUUUUGGCAGAUGAGGAACCCAACAUUCUGGUGCUUAAUUAUGCACCAGGGCCCUUGGAUAAUGAAAUGCAGGAGAUUGCUCGUAGAGCAACAACAGAUAAAGAACUAAGGUCAACUUUUGCAUCGUUAAAGGAGGAAGGCAAACUUCUUCCCUGUAAUGUGUCUGCCAACAAACUCUUGGAUAUAUUGAAGCAACGUAAAUUCAAGUCUGGAGACCAUGUUGACUAUUAUGAUGUUUAAGCUCAGCUUUCCUGGCUAAAACACUUUCAAGGUUGUAGUGCUCAUUCAUGGUUGUAUUUACAUACAAAUGAAGUGAUAAACAUAUACAAGUAAUUACAAUUUUUUUUUAUUUGUGGCAAGCCCCUUGGUGAAUUUCCAGAAAGAAUGUGUUUCUGGAUUCAUCUAGAAGUUAUGUUGCACUCUAAAACUUACUGGCACUUUAAGUGCUAGUAAGUUAUAGAUACAAUUUAUCAAGUUAUAGUUAUAUAUCAAUUUAGUUAUAGAUAUCAUUUUAUAGAUACAAUUGUAUCAAAAAGUAAGAUGCAAUUUACUAUGUAUCUAUUAAAUGUUGGUAUUGUGCGAGACAUCACUGAAUUAUGGUGAAUGCUUUUCCAAAUGUAAAUGUUUAAUCAAUAUCACUAUGCAGUAUAAGAAACAAAUUAAUUGAAUGUUUCUUCAGGUAAUUUUGAAAGUAGAUGGAAUUUACACCCCCCAUUGGAUGGACAUCAACUCGUACUACUUUACUAAAUUGUUCCAUUAUAUUUUGCCUGGAAGAGGUAUGGUUUGCUAUACUUUGGUAUUUAAGUAAUGUUUUAAAGCAAUUUUUCUGUUGUAUGUAAAGUAAAGAAUAGUUUUAAACGUUGAUCUUGUUUAAAAAAUGAUGCGCGAUACGUAAAACAUACACUGAAUAAUUCAUUAUUUAUCCAAGUGUUCAGAAACACUUUGUUGUUGGCAUGACAAUUAUAACUGGACAAGUUAUGUUUUAUCUAAAUGUGUUCCAAUAUUUCCUGUCCUGUAUAAAAACUAGUACUGUAUAUAAUGAGUAUACGUGCACUCAAAA